CAUGUCGUCUUUUUAAGUGUUGCACCGUGAUCGCGAGACUCGCCACCAUGGCUCGUCUAUAAACACGAUCCUGGUCCGCGAACGGAAGAGGAGAUAUUUUUGCGAGACGCGCAGAACACGGCGGUGUCCUUCCGAGCGGGGGAGGAGGAGGACGUUGAAAGCGAAAUUUCCCGGGGGUAGGAUUAUUCGAACCCCCUAUCCGGCGAGAAUUCGCAAGCGAUUCGGUGGUGGUAUAUUCGGUGUGAAAGGUUCGAUUCCGGGGCUGUGGGUAGGUUUUACGGACUGCGGAGGAUCGAAUCGAAGAUGGCUGACGACACGACAGCAUUCCUUCGCGCUGCUCGGUCUGGAAACCUUGAGAAAGUGGUCGAAUUCCUCGACACCGACUUGGACAUCAACACAGCCAACUCGAACGGUUUAAAUGCUUUACAUUUAGCAUCGAAGGAUGGCCACGUCGAGAUAGUAACCGAAUUGUUGAAGAGAGGCGCCAAGGUUGAUGCAGCUACCAAAAAGGGCAACACAGCGUUGCACAUAGCUUCCCUAGCUGGCCAAGAGGAAAUAGUUAAUAUUCUAAUUCAAUAUGGAGCCGCGGUUAAUAUACAGUCGCAGAACGGUUUCACGCCUUUGUACAUGGCCGCUCAAGAGAAUCACGAUCAAGUCGUCAAAGUAUUGCUGAGCAAUGGAGCGAAUCAGAGCCUCGCCACCGAGGAUGGAUUCACGCCUCUUGCUGUGGCGAUGCAGCAAGGACACGACAAGGUUGUCAGCGUGCUCUUGGAAAACGACUCGAAGGGGAAAGUCAGACUGCCGGCGUUGCACAUCGCUGCCAAGAAGAACGAUUGCAAAGCCGCGGAUUUGUUACUACAGAACGACCACAAACCCGACGUCACCUCGAAAAGUGGUUUCACACCUUUACAUAUCGCCUCCCAUUACGGAUACGAGGAGAUAGCUCGUUUGUUAAUUAAGCGUGGUGCCGAUGUGAAUUAUUUAGCGAAGCACAAUAUAAGCCCGUUGCACGUCGCAGCGAAAUGGGGUAAAAACAAUAUGGUUAAAGUAUUAUUAGAAAAUUCUGCACAAAUCGAUGCGAAAACUAGGGACGGCUUGACGCCGCUUCAUUGUGCAGCUAGAUCCGGACAUGAACAAGUGAUCAUCACGCUUCUCGAACACUCCGCGCCUAUCAGCGCGCGUACGAAAAAUGGUCUCGCGCCGCUGCACAUGGCAUCGCAAGGGGAUCACGUGGACGCAGCAAGGGUGUUAUUGUAUCACCGAGCCCCGGUGGACGAAGUGACGAUCGAUUAUUUAACGUCUCUCCACGUCGCCGCGCACUGCGGUCACGUUAGAGUCGCCAAAUUGCUCCUCGAUCGAAAAGCGGACCCGAAUGCACGCGCGUUGAACGGCUUCACGCCGUUGCAUAUCGCGUGCAAGAAGAAUAAAAUCAAGGUCGUCGAACUGUUGUUAAAACACGGAGCUUCGAUCGAAUCUACGACCGAGUCUGGACUGACUCCAUUGCAUGUGGCCAGUUUUAUGGGAUGUAUGAAUAUCGUGAUAUUUCUGCUGCAACACGAGGCCAAUCCGGACGUGCCCACCGUUAGGGGCGAGACACCCCUGCACCUGGCAGCUAGGGCUAAUCAGACAGACAUUAUUCGAAUUUUGUUAAGAAACGGAGCUAAGGUCGAUGCUCGUGCACGGGAGCAACAAACGCCGCUGCACAUAGCAUCCCGAUUAGGAAAUAUUGAUAUUGUUAUGCUGCUGUUGCAACAUGGCGCAGCCGUCGACACCACCACGAAAGAUAUGUACACAGCUUUGCAUAUAGCAUCGAAGGAGGGCCAGGAGGAGGUGGCCGCUAUCCUUGUGGAAAAUAACGCUUCCCUUAAUGCUACGACUAAGAACGGUUUUACUCCUUUGCAUAUAGCGGCUAAAUAUGGCAACAUGAGUGUCGCAAAGAUACUCUUGCAGAGGAACAGUGUGUUAGAUGUCCAAGGAAAGAACGACAUUUCACCACUGCACCUGGCGUGCCACUACGAUCAUCCAAACGUAGCUAAUUUGUUGCUAGAGAAGGGUGCAUCGCCGCAUCUUGCAUCGCAGAAUGGACACACACCUCUGCACAUUGCAGCUCAUAAGAACCAGAUGGACAUUGCUUCCACUCUCUUGGAAAAUGGAGCCAACGCGAAUGCUGAAUCAAAAGCAGGAUUCACCCCGUUGCAUCUGAGUGCGCAGAAGGGUCACUAUGACAUGACGAACUUGUUAAUUGAACACGGGGCUGACCCUAAUCAUAAGUCCAAGAAUGGCCUGACCGCUCUGCAUCUAUGUGCUCAAGAGGACUUCAUCAGGGUGGCUUCAAUUCUGGUGAAAAAUGGCGCAAAUGUUGAAAGUGAAACUGAAACUGGCUACCGGCCCAUUCAUGUAGCUGCGCAUUUCGGAAAUCUGUCGAUGAUCCGAUUCCUGUUGAAGCACAAUGCAGACAUUAAUGUGAAAACUAAUCAGAGCUACACGCCUCUUCAUCAGGCUGCUCAGCAAGGUCAUGCUCACAUCGUUACCGCUUUGCUAGAGGGUAAUGCAUCUCACAAAGCGCGGACUAAUGACGGUUUGAGCGCGUUGAACAUAGCUCAGAAGUUAGGAUACAUAUCUGUCACGGAAGUGUUGAAAGGGUUGCCGUAUGAUACUCUGAUAAUUAAAGUACCAGACAAUGUAAAUUGCGUUGAGAAGUACAGAGUGAUUGCACCGGAAAGUCUGCAGGAAACCAGCUUUAUGUCCGACUCGGACGACGAAGGAGGAUCAGAUGCGCUAAUUAGCGAGCAACCGUACCGCUACCUAACUGCGGACCUGAUGAAAAGUUUGAGAGAUGAUUCUCUUCCCAUUGAUGUUACAAGAGACGAUCCAAUCCACAGACAAGUUAUAAAAGAAGGAAAACAGGAGUUCACGCAAAGCAAUAACUACUGUCUGGCAGAGAAUUUCGACACAGAGGGCUACAAUCUGGGCCGACUGCAUUUCAGAUCAUUUUUAGUUAGCUUUUUGGUGGAUGCACGCGGAGGUGCAAUGAGAGGAUGCAGACACAGUGGUGUGCGCAUCAUUGUUCCGCCUCGUAGAGCAACAAUGCCGAUUCGUGUCACUUGUAGACUGGUAAAGCCUAGCAAGGUAGCAAAUCCUCCUCCUUUGAUGGAAGGAGAGGCGUUGGCGACUCGCAUAAUCGAAAUGGGACCAGUCGGCGUAACAUUCCUUGGACCUGUUUUAAUCGACAUACCGCACUUUGCGUCCAUUCAAGGCAAAGGGAGAGAGAUUAUCAUCCUUAGAAGUGAAAAUGGAGAGACUUGGAAGGAGCAUGACAACUCGGUCGACAAUGAUGACACAUUGUUGAACACUCCAUACGAUACCCAAAUGAGCGCCACCCAUUCUGGAAGAAUCACUCGCAUAUUAACGACAGACUUCCCCCAGUAUUUUGCUACGGUGACAAGAAUUAAGCAGGAAGUUCACGUGAUCGGUGCUGAGGGUGGUAUUUUGAUAUCAAGCGUGGCCAACCAUGUUCAAGCGGUCUUUCCACCUGGAGCAUUGACCAAGAAAAUUAAAGUUGGGCUGCAGGCGCACGUGAUUCCUGCAGAACUUACUGCGAAACUGCUUGGCAAUUGCGUUGCUGUUUCGCCUGUGAUAACGAUAGAACCCAGAAGACGUAAAUUCCAUAAACCAAUCACCCUCACUAUACCUGUGCCAGAAGCUGCGAACAAGGGUAUGAUUAAUCAGUAUGGAGGCGAAACGCCGACGCUGCGUCUGCUUUGCAGCAUUGCAGGUGGUACAAGCGAGUCACAAUGGGAAGAUGUUACCGGUUCCACACCAUUGACGUUUAUGAAUGACAGAGUAUCGUUCACCACGACAGUGUCCGCCAGAUUUUGGUUGAUGGACUGUCGAAACAUAGGGGCAGUCUCAAAAAUGGCCACAGAAUUGUACGAGGAGUCUUUAUACGUGCCGUACAUAAUCAAUUUUGUAAUUUACACAAAACGAACAGACAUAUUCGAGGCAACGCUCAGAAUACUGUGCAUGACAGACGGGAAGGAAGGCAUGCACACUUUGGAAAGGCAAGAGGAGUUCGUCGAAAUUGUAAAAAGCCGCGACGUCGAAGCCCUCGACGGAAAAGACCUGUACAUUGAGUUUAGCGGUAAUCUGGUACCGGUGACGAAGUCCGGUGUACAGUUGAAGUUCACAUUCAAAGCCUUCCGUCAGAACCGCCUGUCCUUCCAUGUCAAGGUCAAGGACCCCAUGCUGGACCCUGUGGCUAGGAUGCUGUUCAUGCGCGAGCCCAAGGUCGCCAAGGGUGAACCACCUCAGCAACCGAUUUGCGUGUUAAAUAUCGUUCUUCCAGAAAGCACCGCGAAACUCGACGACACGAAGAAGCUAAAAGAAUACGAGGAUUCGAAUAUCAUAAAUCAGAAACUGGACACGUACGAAUCGAAGUACAAAGGCGAGCAAACCGAGAAAUCCGACGACCUACGUGAGACCUCGCCGUCCGAAAAGAAAUUCAUAACCGACACUCUGCAAAAGGAACGAACAGAUGCUGUUACUAUUCAUGAAUCCCUUGCGCAAAAAGCGGCUUCUCCCCUAGAAUCUGUAGAUGCUAGUUAUCCCAGUAAAGUAGUCGGCCAAGAGCAGGAUCUCUCGCCCACCGUCGAGAGGCAGACCUACUCGGAGAAGAGGAAGUUCUGGGAGGACAUAUCGCGGAAGCGCGAGAGCUACCAGCGGUCCGAGUCGGACGUGUCCAGGACGUCCGAGCUGACUGUGAACGAGAGCGACAGCCUCUACGUCACACAGAACGUCGCCACCGACGGGACCACCGACGCUGUUCCCCAGAUCGAGAAAUCGGAGACGAUGGAGGACCUGAACGUGCCGGACAUCUCCGAGUGCUCUGUCGCCGAGAAGGCUCACUACUUCGAGGAGCAGAUACAGAAGGAGAUCUCGAAGAUCCCAGCGAGAGCAGCCCAGCAGCAGCCUGCCGGCAGAUCCGAGAAGGAGAAGACCGUCGAAAGAUCGGACGACGACAGAGCAGAGAAGGAGGAGGACGAGGGAGCCGAGACAUACGACGAGACCAAAGAGAAGAUCGACGAGCCGGAGAAGCAGAAGACCGAAGAGAAAGAGAUGGAUGUUUCGAGGGAGGAGCAGGUCAUGACUAAGGUGCGGGAGAUGAUGAAGGAGGAAGAGAGGAAAGUGAUUGAUAGGAGGCUGGAGGAGGUGGGGAAGAAGCUGGAGGUGGUGAAGGAGAUCGCGGUGAAGAAGGAGGAUGCCGAGAGGGCUCUUAAAGAGGAAACUUCGUGGCUGGAGAAGGAACAUGAGGAAGAGGCGAUCAUGGAGCAAGAGACUGUGGCUGCGGCGAAGAAAAGGCGAGAAGUUGCUGAAAAGGAGAAAGAGGAGGAGAUGAAAGAGCGAAAGAUAGUCGUUGAGGAGAUAAAGCAGGAGAAAGUAGAAAAGAUUGUCCAAGUAGCGAAGGAAGUCGAGAAGGAACAAGAAGAAGAGGUGAAGGAGAUUGAGGAGGAAUUUGUAAAGAAGGCUGAGAAGAGACAGAAAGAGGUAAAGAAGGUUGUUGUACAGGCACCUGUCAUAAUUACAGAGAAAGAACGAGAGGAGGUAGAGAAGAUCGUAAAAGAAGAAUCUGUGAAGUUCGUAGAGAAGAUACAAGAGGAGGCGAUUAUUAAGUUGGAGACUGUGAAGGUCACAGAGAAGAGAGAAGAAGUGAAAGAAAUUGUUAAAGAGAAGCCAGUGAAGGAAGCUCCAAUGAAAGAAGAAGUUAAAGAAAUUGUGGAAGAGGAGCCAGCGAAGGAAGCUCCAAAGGAAGAAGUUAUAAAAAUUGUGAUAGAGGAGCCAGCGAAGGAAGUUCCAAAGAAAGAAGGAGUCAAAGAAAUUGUAAAAGAGGAGCCAGCGAAGGAAGAAGAAGUUAAAGAAAUUGUAGAAGAGGAGUCAGCGAAGGAAGCACCAAAGGAAGAAGAAGUUAAAGAAAUUGUAGAAGAGGAGUCAGCGAAGGAAGCACCAAAGGAAGAAGAAGUUAAAGAAAUUGUGAAAGAGAAGCCAGCAAAGGAAGCUCCAAAGGAAGAAGAAGUUAAAGAAAUUGUAGAAGAGGAGUCAGCGAAGGAAGCACCAAAGGAAGAAGAAGUUAAAGAAAUUGUAGAAGAGAAGCCAGCAAAGGAAGCUCCAAAGGAAGAGGAAGUUAAAGAAAUUGUGAAAGAGGAGCCAGCGAAGGAAGCUCCAAAGGAAGAGGAAGUUAAAGAAAUUGUGAAAGAGAAGUCAGCGAAGGAAGCUCCAAUGAAAGAAGAAGUUAAAGAAAUUGUAGAAGAGGAGCCAGCGAAGAAAGCUCCAAAGGAGGAAGAAGUUAAAGAAAUUGUAGUAAAGGAGCCAGCGAAGGAAGCUCCAAAGGAAGAGGAAGUUAAAGAAAUUGUGAAAGAGAAGUCAGCGAAGGAAGCUCCAAUGAAAGAAGAAGUUAAAGAAAUUGUAGAAGAGGAGCCAGCGAAGAAAGCUCCAAAGGAGGAAGAAGUUAAAGAAAUUGUAGUAAAGGAGCCAGCGAAGGAAGCUCCAAAGAAAGAAGAAGUUCAAGAAGUUGUAAAAGAAGAGCCUACGGAGGAAGCUCCAAAGAAAGAAGAAAUUAAAGAAAUAAUAAAAGAGGAGCCAGCGAAGGAGGCUCCAAAGGAAGAAGUUAAAGUAAUUGUGAAAGAGGAACCCAUGAAGGUAACUGUUGAAACGAAGCAAGAGGUAGUCGAGGAAGUGAAAGAGGAACCGGCGAAGGUUGCAGAGGAGCAGCCAGAAGAAAUUGCAGAAAUGGUGGAAGAAGCAAAGGUGGUAGACCAGAAGGAAGAAAGAAUAGAAAAGGCAAGGAAGCCGGAGGACAAAGUAACGGACAGGAGAAUGGAAAAAGUAGUCUCCGAGAUCAAAGUAGAGCCGUCGAUAACGACGCAAGAGGUGAUCAAGGCAAGAUCCGGUGGUAAGCGGAUCAUCACGGAGGAGACGACGAUCAUCUACAAGGUUCAGAAGGACGGGUCGCUGGUUCAGGAGCAGGUGACGAAGUCGGUGCAGAUCGGCGACGAGACCGGGAAGAUGCAGACCAUAAGCGACGUGACUCAGGAGUCCGACGGCACAGAGCUGUUCGAGAUGAUCAGCGCCGAGGACAUCCGAGCGAUGCAGUUGCAGGACGAGAUCGAGAGGGCGGCAGUCGCGGCCGGCGAGACCAAAGAGUCUGAGGAGGUGUCGGAGGUGAAGCAGGCGAAAAAGGAGUCGCGAAUCCCGAUCUCGACGUCGAUGAUGGAUAAGAGCAAGAAGGAGACCAAGGUUAAGCUGUCGCCGGACGCGAAGCCGGCCGGCAAAGACUCGCCGAAGGACGUCAGCCCGGAGAAGCCCGAGGCGACAAUGGCGCCGAAGAAGAAGGAGUUCGAGUCGCAGAUCCCGAAGCGCGUGGUAGAGACGAAGCCGGCCGAGAGGAAGGACACGCACGUGAGGAAGGAGAGCGGCACGUACACGAUCACGGAGAAGAAGUCGAGCGAGGAGGUGACGUCGAAGCUGGAGCAGCACUCGACGACGAAGAGCGAGACGCAGACGUUCUCCAAGACGUUCGCGGACCCGCAGGAGGCGUUCCGGAUGUUCGAAGGGAACGGGAAGCCGGACUACUCGACGGUAACAUCAAAGAUCGACCAGAAGUCGUCGAGCAUGCUGGAGAAGAAGGAGGUGAAGUCGUCGGAGAUCCAGACCGGCACGGACAAGCUGAUCACGCACGAGGAGAAGGAGCAGAUCGAGAGGAAGAAAUCGUCGGAGUCGCAACUGAGGAAGGAGUCGCCGACGGAGACCGUCGAGGAGAAGAAGAGCAAACGUGAGGAGCUGGACAAGGUGGCGGUGCAGAGGAUGUCGAUGAACCUGACGGACAAGGAGGAGGUGAUCGACGCGUCCGCGUCGGAGUCCCAGGCUAGAACGAAGGAGGAGAAGACGUUCAAGAAGCUGUCCGACGAGGAAGGAGUGACGACUCACGAGGCCGGCAGCAGCUCGACGAGGGAGAGCGACGCGGACGUGGCGAUCAGGAUCAAGAAGGACGUUUCGGAGGCGGCCGGCGACGACGUGAAGCUGAUCGAGGAGCCGGUCCAAGACUCGCCUCGGGUGGAGAAGCUGGCGCACGCGGAGUCGCACAAGGAGACCAAGGAGAGCUUCGAGGUGACCGAGUUCGAGCCGAAGCUGCCAAAGAAGCAGCGGGAGGAGGAGGCGCCGGAGCCAGAAACGAUGAGCCUGGAGGAGCUGCAGAUCCAGAAGUUCAAAGAGAUCGAGGCGCGGACGAUCGCGGAGACGUUGAUCCAGGAGAUCGAGGAGGAGGCGGCGGCUAAGUCGGCCGAGACCAGGCUGCAGGGCCUGCUGACCAAGCUCGAGGAGAUGAUCGAGGGUGGGCCGGAGACCGUCGACGAGAAGCUUGCGGACAAGCAGACGCUGCGGUUCGAGAACAUCAUGAAGAGGCAAGCGGAGAAGGAGGCGGACAGGACCAGAGCCUCCUUCCAAGAGGAGUCCUUCGAGAAGAGCUCGACCAGGGACAGCUUCAGCGAGGACAUCUCGAAGGACGAAGAGAAGGAGGAGAGCUAUCCGUUGUCCUCCUCGCAGGCAAGGCAGCUCGACAGGGACAUAACCAUGAGCCCGAGCAGCAUGUCGGAGCAGAUCGAUUUUGAGGAGACGAUGGACGUCGACACGAACGAGCUGGAGGAUCUCUCCAAGCUGACCUUGAGUCAGUCGGAGAAGCAGGACAGAUCCGGCAAGGACGGGGAGAAGAUCGUGUGCGAGGGGUCCGGUGCCAGGGUCCUGGAGAUCCUGGAGCCCGCCGCGGACAGCCAAUCCAGACAAGACUCGGUGGACGUCCCGUCUCUGGAAACCGAUGAACACAAGAUAUCCGAACAGACCAGCAGAGGUAUCUCCUCCCUGCGCGACAUAGACUCGUUCGAGAAGACAGCCAGAUCCCGAGACAUCACCGUGUCCGAGGACACGAACGUGGACUCCUCGCUGGUCCAGGAAGGCCUCCCCCUGGAGAAGCUGAAGGAGCCGAAGAGAACCGACAGCUUCGAGAUAGACAGCCCGCCGAUGAUGUCGCCGAAGUUGAAGGUGCAGGACCUUGAGAUCAAGCCGGUCAGCUGGAUGAUCGGCGAGAAGAAGAUCGAGAUCUCGGAGACGCUGCAGCCGUCGCAGAUUUUCAACCAGGAGCUCGAGGAGUACGAGACGAUGCGGAAACGUCUGACGUCGCAGGACGAGUCCGUCGACCUUGAACAGGAGUCCGGCACCAAGUCGUCCGAGGAGGUGAGCGUGAUAGAGUCCGCGAAGGAGGCAGACGCGAAGGCCGGCAAGUCGGAGCAAGACUUCGACAGCGAAAUGGUGGAGAACAAGCUGGACGUCAGCCUUCAGGAGCUGGUGGACAUGUUGCAGCGGGAGAACGACGAGAAGGCGUCGAUCGAGGAGUACUCGUCGAGUCAACAGGAGAAGAAGGAGGGUGUUGCCGCGAUGGAGGACGACAAGGUCGAGGAGAGCACCGAGAAGGGCUCGGAGGAGGUCAGCGAGAAGGAGCAGAGAAGCGAGGAGAUCAAGGAGCAGAAGAGCGAGGAUACCGAGGAGGUCGAAGAGUCCAAGGCUGAAGAAGAUUCGAAGGAGGUAGACAGAGCCGCGGUCUCGAAGCCGGACGUCGAGCUGAAGCUGGAGAAGUCGACGCCGUUGAUGGACACGGAGAAGAAGCCCGCCGCGAAAUCGGACGAGGAAACCGAAGAGAAGCCCGGCGAGGAAACCGAAGAGAAGCCCGGCGAGGAAACCGAAGAGAAGCCCGGCGAGGAGGCUGCCGGCCAGGAUGAUAGGACGAAGGACGAGCUGAAGGCGUGGACGGAUACGUACGUGUCGAAGAUGAAACUGUUCAUCAACGAAUACAAGAGGCACGUAGAGAAGACGACGGAGAAGCACGAGAAGUCCGGCGGCAAAUCGUCCACAGUUCCUUCCGAUACAACAUGUGCCUUGAAGAUUAAAAAAGACUAUUACCCUAGCGUCGAUUUAAGCGCCCGUUACGCGAUCACCGUCCUGGACCAGGUAGUGAAGAAGGAGAUCGCGGAGGUGAAGGAGUCGCUGGAGGCCGCGAAGCAGGACCUGAUCGAGGAGCUGAGCGAGAACAGCGAGACGGUGAUUCAGAUCAAGGACUCGCCGUCCGAGUUCCAGUUCAUGCUGCAACCGGAGUCGAUACCGAACGACCUGCCGUUGUUGUACAAGCCGCCGUCGCCGGACCGGGACCGCGACCGGGACCCGGAGACGUUGAAGAGCAGCGACUCGCCGCAGCCGUCGCAGCUGCAGCCGCCGGAGGAGCCGGCUCGAUCGGAGUCGAAGGACGGGACGGAGCCGAAGUCGACGUACGACUCGCCGUUCAGCAGCUUCGAGGAGCCGAUCCUCGGCAGGGAGCCGACGCCGGUGAUCGUCACGGAGAGAUCGGACUCGGCGGGAACCGUCCAGGAUGACUCCAGGGACGAUGAAGAGGAGCGUCCCAGCCCCAUACUCGCCAGCAGGUCCGGCUCCGACGUGGACAACAAGGACGAGAGCUCGUCGCUGGCGCUGCCGAGGCCGGUGCUUAGGAGGCGACACAAGCCGAGCCGCGCCGCGAAGAGGGUCGCCUCCGAGAGCGACGCGGACAUCGGCUCCAGCUCCGGGGACAGCAGCAACUACCAGUCCUGCGACUACGAGCAGGGCAGCGGCAGCAGGCCCAGCUCCUCGGACAUGGAGGCUCUCCAUUCCUGCGGAGCCGCGUCGGCGACGGUCUCCGAGUACGAAACGGCCGUGAUGUCGAUGGAGUCCACCUCGAAGCCGACCUCCCAGGAGUACCACACCGCGGCCACCACCAUGAGCUCCAGGGAGUCCAUGAAGUCCCUGGCGUCCCUGAGCUCCGGCCACCUGGGCAGCAUCGACAGCACCAGCGAGAUGUCCGAGACCCUGGUGGCCUCCGAGGCUGACGACAAAGAUGACGCGGAGGACAUGAAGCUCGGCCUGGAGGACGAGCGGACGGAACAGUCGGACUCCUCCAGCAGCGACAAUAUACCCGUCGACGAGUCCACGGACAAGAUCGACAGCCACAUACCCUACCGCAUGAAGCGGUCCUCGGAGAUGAUCUUCCCGCAGGUGCUCGAGGGCGACGCCGCGCCAGAAGAUCGCGCGGAACCGGUCGCCAAGGACGAGGAGCUCCCGGCCAAAGGGGUGGUGGACUCCGCCACGUCGACCACGGCCUCGUCACCAAGGCCCGACGUCCGUCCGAUCUCCGUCGACAUCAUGACCGCCAGGGUCUCAGAGGACGGCGUGCAGAGCGUCUGCACGCAAGUCAGCUCCGUCCAGCCGGCCGAGACCACCCCCGAGAGAAAGGUCUCCGAUCCGGACACAUUGGAGAAGGACCUGGAGACGGUGUCGGACAGCCAGACCGCCGAGUUUCCCGAGCUGAAGAGAGCCUUGUCCAUUGAGAGCCCGGAGCUCUCGAUGCAGGCGUCGACCCCGUCGAUCGCGCACCAGACCAGCAUGUCCACGUCCUCGACUUCCGGGGUAUCUGUCAGCACCGUGGUCGGCACGGAGAAGCUGGAUAGACGCUCGCCGGACAGCGACUCGUUCGAGGUGGUCGACAAGCCGGACAUCAUCGACGACUUCUUCGUGGUCGAGGAGGUCGGCCGCGAGGCAGAGGAAUUCGACUCAGAGGGCAAGAGCAUCAGGAUCAGCUCGAUGCCGCAGGUCAGCAGCAAGAACUUCGACCGCGAGCUGGAGCACCUGAUUACCGAGACGAAGGAGGACGUGCACGUGUCCGGCGGCGGCAGCAGCAGCCAGCCGGCGAAGAAGGACGACCUGUUCGACUUCGAAUCGGAGGAGAGCCCUCCGCAGGCGUCGAACGACGACCAGUACUCGCAGUCGUACUCGGACGAGGAGCAGUACGAGGGCAGCAAGAAGUGGAUCGAGAUGCAGUUCCAUCAGGACGCGAGGGGCUACGACAUCGAGUACGACCGUGGCCCGUUGGAGGACAUCAAGGAGGAGGAGAUCACGGACUUCGAGGCGGGCAGCAGCCGGUUCGGCAGCCUGGGCAGCCACAAGGAGUCGAUCGGCAGCGUGGGCAGCAUGCGCGGCAGCUUCGGCAGCACGCCCGACUACGACGUCCUCGCCGGUAAGAAGUACUUCGUGAGGCCGUCGGAUCACGACAACGUGUCGCUGAGCUCGCUGCAGGAGUUCGAGCAUCUGGAGAGCGCGGUGGCCGCGGAGAACUCGAAGAAGCUGCAGCAGUGCGGCUCGCACGACUCCGUGAACAACGGCAGCCUUCCGAGGAGAUACACGGCCAGCCGGUCGGGCCACGGCGACGACGUGUCGCUGUCCUCGUUGAAGGACUUCGAGGGCCUGGAGAAGGCCUGCAGGGAGGCCCAUCUGAUAGAGCUCAGGGCCAGGGAGGAGGAGGACCUGCUGGAGCACGAGAGCCCGGAGAACAAGUACAAGCUGGAGAGCCUCAGGGCCAGGGUCGACACCAGCGCGGCCGGCUCCUUUAAUCCGAGCACGUCCGGAUCGGACGACUACGAGAAGAGGAUCAAGGAGAUCGACGAGAUCAUCCGCAUCGCGCAGACCAACGUCGAGAGAUUCGACAGGCAGGACGACACCACCGAGGACAUCUCGCAGAUCGAGAUCAUGGACACGGAGAAGACCGGGCCGCCUCCGCCGCCUCUCGUCCCGGCCUCUCAGGUACCUCUGAAACAGGAAGAGCCCAAGGAUCCUAAAGACGGCAACGUCAUGGAGACCAGCACCGACUCGCUCGAGCUCGAGGACAACAUGGACAAGAAGCACCAUCCGCUCUGCAGAAGCUCCGACUCUUUGGAGAUGAAGACCACCCUGGACUUUCCAUCGCUGAGCUCGGACUCGUUGAACAACGUACGAGACGGCAAAGAGACGCAGCAGGACGUCGUUGGUUACGCGAACAAUCUCAGGCGUAUCUCGUCCGACUCGCUCGACAUGCCUCUCGUCGAUCCGCAGGCCGCGGAGGCCCAAGCCAGGGUCGAGCCGGACCCCGCGGAAGAACCGCCCUCGGACAAUUCGUUGGACCAGGGACCGGACAGCGACAGCAACGUCAGAACUGAUAAGACGAGGACUACACCGAGUUCUGGGACAUAGGAUAUUUUCGUAGAUAGCGGACCAUCACGGUUAAUUUGUCACAGGAUCGGCUAUGGCCACAACGACGUAUUAUCGAAACACCUUAAAACUGCUUUCUGUGUACAACAUACAUACGAGAAUUUUUACAAGUUAAUAUCGAGUACGCAUUCUGUCUUCGUUUUGUGCAAUAUACCUUCUAAGGAACGUUUACCUUAUUAUGCUUAAGUAAGAUAUUUGUAAUCCUUAAAGUGUAAGGUUGUUAUCGAAGAGCGAACGGAAGAGGAGAAGGGACGUAAAAGUGGAAAAGGAUACGGACGAAGCGGAGAAGAAAUACGAACGAAGAAAGAGAGAGGGGGGGGGAGGAAAUCUAAUUAAAGAAACGGCGGCGCUUUAGAGUGUUUCGUAAAUUCUCGAUCGAUUCGUUUCGAUUCUGCUCUACAUUCGAUUUUGUUCCGAAGUUCGAUCGGCAAAAAAUUGUGUCUUUUGCUUGAAUUGUUUUCAUUGUUUCCAUUGUUUUCUGUUCCAUCUAAUCGUCGCGAUCGAUUAUUAAUGUUACAUACUAUAUACAUAUAUCUAAGUUACAUUUUUCUCUCGAAUUGUAUAAUGUUACUCACGUAUCCGUAUAUAUUUGUAUAAUAUAACAAGUGUUAUAUAAAACGCGAAGAAAAAGGCAAAGGUAUGGAGAGAGAUUGAAAAAAAAAAAAAGGAAAGCAAAAUAAUGUAACGAGUCGAACGAUUUUCUUCUGUUUUUCGGCGGAUUCGAAGUUUCAACGUAAAAAAGCAAAGCGAAGUAAAGUAAAGCAAAGCAAAGCAAUGUCAGUGUGUGUGUGUGUGUGUGUGUGUGUUCGUGAGUACGCUUUUCCGCGACGGGGUGGUUGACGUUUGUCGAAGUAUAUCGAUUCUAUUCUCCCAGCAUCCGUUGAUUAUUGAUUACGAUCGUGUUCACGGGACGAGGAAAGGAAAACAAAUUUCUAUUAAAUUGAAUAGAAGAAUUUUA